AGUUUUUCUACGCAGCCCGAGACGGAAGGGCCGGAAAAAGGAAAACUAUCACGAAAAAAUGAAGAUUUUUUCAAAAAUUCAUCCUAAUGCCCUGGCAUACUCCAUGACCACAUUAGGUGCUGGAAUGAUGAAUAGUAUCUUCAGUUUCUAUUACGUUAAGCUCUUUUUAAACAGGUACAAGAUCUCAGAAGCCGCAUUCCAUCAAGCACAGAUUAUUUUUAUGAUAUGGAAUGCCAUUAAUGAUCCUCUCUUCGGGUACAUUCAAGACAACUCCAGAGUACCUUGCUGCUCCAAACGUCAAUUUUCCAUUUUAUAUGGAGCACCGUUGUAUGCUUUGGCCUUUCUGCUUCCUUGGUUUCCUUGGAAACAAUAUGAAGAAGGUGACUGGCUUAGCGGCCUUCAUCUUAUCAUUGCUUUGUGUGCUUUUGAUGGCCUGCUUACGUUUGUCUUGCUAGCACAGUGCGCGCUCUUUGCUGAAAUUUCAAAUAGACAUGAAAGUAGGCUCCAGCUUAUUAAAUAUAAUCAAGUGGCAACCUUAGUUGGAUCUACCAGCAUCCUUUUCUGUGGCUUAAUUUCGGAUAACAUGGAGAAAUUCACCUAUUUUCAAGUCUUUACGGUUGUGGUAGGAAUAGUAGCAACUGCUUGUAUGUGUUACACUGGAAUGUACAGCACUACUCAGUAUGAAGAAAAAGAAACUCUCAUGGAGGGAUUUGCUGCAGAAAGUGCCGAGAGCUCUCUCUCCUGGUCUUCCGUGAUUCUGUUGACCAAACAGAUCUUGACUCAGAGGAAUUUUUUGCUUUUUGUGAUGAUGAACUUCUUUCAAGUCUUCCACUUGGCGUUUUGCAGCAAUUUCAUGAUGAUCUUUGCAGAUAACCUCAUCCCUAAGGACAUUCUUUCCUCCUCUAUCAGAAGUAUCAUGUACGGCGCAGGUUUUAUUUGUCCUCAGUGCCUUGUGCUCAUCAGUCAUGCUUUGUUGAGGAAAGUUGGUUACUAUAAGGUUGUCUUAUUUUCCUUCUAUUUGGAAGGAAUAGCUGCAGCUAUCAUGUUCGUUCUAGGCCCAGAACACUACUACCUCCUGGCUAUUUAUCUCACAGCAAACAUGGUAAUUGUUCAAGCUUCCUUCAGUCUAUUUAAUUUGCCUUUGGCUGAUAUUAUUGAUGCAGAUUUAAAGAAACAUAAACGGAAAUCACCACUUUCCUCCAUGGUUUUUGGAACAAAUGCCCUAUUUACAAAGCCAGCCCAGUCUUUAGCCCCUAUGCUUGUGGUUACAAUACUCAAUCAAUUUGGUUAUGCAAAUCUGAAUGGCAAUGUUGCUCAGCCAGAUCCAAGUUUGUUUCUAGGACUCCAUGAUGCCAUGUUCUACAUGAUCUGCCUAGUUCCUCUUUGCAUUGCAGUUAUACAGAUUCUGACAUGGACGCCCUUUUCCAUCCAGAAUAGUCACCUAACACCUGUACAUUGAAUUGUAAACGUGUGCUUUCAUGGAACCAAAUAUUUCAUUUUGCACAAUAGCAGAUGGCAACUGUGAAUGAGAACACCGGGCUUCUUUUAUUCUUUGGACUAGCAGAUCAAAUGCAAUCUGAGCUAUUUAAUGGUCAUCUAUCCCUAAAUCCUAUUAUUGAGUGCCUAUCAUGAAGCAAGUUCAAUUACAUAUCAGGUAAUUGGAGAGAUAUUAGAAAUCUCAAAUAGAUUUGAUGAAUACACUAAAACGCCUCUACCUCACAUUUAUAUCUAACAGAUAAUGUCAUAAUGGUAUAUUGGAAUUCUGUGAACAAAAAAUCUGACAUGACUAUCAGAGGAGGCAAAGUCCUGUAAUAAGCUCAUGAAAGUACAUUUAAACACCUGAAAAAUGUGGACUGCUGCUUCUUUUCUGUAAGUUAUAGGGGUGGGGGGGAAAGUAUUUUCCUUAGAUUUCUCUCUCUCUAACUGGUAUUUGGACUGCAAAGCUCAGCAUGCUUUCCCUAAAUAGGAUGCCUUAUCCCUGCAGGAGAGGAGAAGAGGAGUUGUGACAAUUUGGAGCAGACUGGGGAAAUUUGUAAGGGCUGUUUAGCAAAGAAAUAAGACCUUAACAAUAUCAAGAAACUAGGGAGAAAUGUAAUUGGAGGGAGAGGAGAUGUGUAUAUGCUCUGUGGCGAGCACUGCAACUGAUGUGUGUUUUUAUAUCCCACAGACCGUGAUCAUUACAUGGGCAGAGCUGCAGUUUGUCAGUGACAAUAGGGAAGGAAUGCUGGGUUAGGAGAGGAACUACAGAAGAAGCAGGGUAGUAGGAAACCCAGUAGAUCCAGAUGGUGGGAAGGCAGGUUAUUGCAUGAGGUGGAGGGCAGGAACUUCUAUGGAACUCUUGAUGAAAAGGCUUGAUAACGAAAGAAAAGAUGUUUGGGCACUUCCAAAACAUAUUCCCCUAUAUGUGGAAAAAUCAAAAUAUUUUCAUGGUUUCAGUUUGUGGGGCUUUAGAAAAAAACAUAUUUAAUGGGUAGCAGGCUGGCUAGCUUUGGGUUUCCUGGCUGCUCAGUGCCAUUCAUAUAUGGAUAAGCAUACAUAAAAUCGUACUGAAGCUCUCUGUACUUCCUUUAACAGAUCAUUUGAGUAGUCUGUCAAGUUUCAGUUAUCUUCACUUCAAAUAGCUGAAUACAGCAUUUUGGAUUUUUUUCCUGUUAAAGCCUUUCAGUUUUCAUCUUUUGAAUAGACUUUAUGAUUAAUGAACAUCUAAUACUACUUGAUAUGUCUCAAAGUCUGAAUUAUGCCAUAAUAAACUGUAACCAUCCAGUC